AUGGAUCAAAUAAAAAAUUUGGUAGUCAUCCCAAGUAUGGAUCAAAUCAAAAAUUUGGUAGUCAUCCCAAGUAUGGAUCAAAUCAAAAAUUUGGUAGUCAUCCCAAGUAUGGAUCAAAGAUUUGGUAGUCAUCACAAGUAUGGAUCAAAUAAAAAAUUUGGUAGUCAUCCCAAGUAUGGAUCAAAUCAAAAAUUUGGUAGUCAUCCCAAGUAUGGAUCAAAUCAAAAAUUUGGUAGUCAUCCCAAGUAUGGAUCAAAUAAAAAAUUCGGUAGUCAUCCCAAGUAUGGAUCAAAUCAAAAAUUUGGUAGUCAUCCCAAGGAUGGAUCAAAUCAAAGAUUAGGUAGUCAUCCCAAGUAUGGAUCAAAUCAAAGAUUUGGUAGUCAUCCCAAGUAUGGAUCAAAUCAAAGAUUAGGUAGUCAUCCCAAGUAUGGAUCAAAUCAAAGAUUUGGUAGUCAUCCCAAGUAUGGAUCAAAUCAAAAAUUUGGUAGUCAUCCCAAGUAUGGAUCAAAUCAAAGAUUAGGUAGUCAUCCCAAGUAUGGAUCAAAUCAAAGAUUAGGUAGUCAUCCCAAGUAUGGAUCAAAUCAAAGAUUAGGUAGUCAUCCCAAGUAUGGAUCAAAUCAAAGAUUUGGUAGUCAUCCCAAGUAUGGAUCAAAUCAAAAAUUUGGUAGUCAUCCCAAGUAUGGAUCAAAUCAAAGAUUUGGUAGUCAUCCCAAGUGUGGAUCAAAGAUUUGGUAG